AUGCGCAGCUUUGCUCUUGUUCCACUGUUGGCUUUGGCCGCCGGCGUCACCGCAACCCUCGAUCCGGCUGACACGAACACCAAAGGAAAAUACCCCAGCAGCCCCAGCUGCUCACCCGUAAAGACAUCGAAUGCGAUCCAGGCUGCCGAAUGCUCCCACAACACUCGCACAUCAAAGCAGACCUUUGCCGUCUUCACGACGGAUCACCAGUAUGACAAGGUCAACGGUGCGCCCUACGGCACUUGCAAGGCUUACAACUGUGAGCCUGGCACUGCCAUGACCGCUAGUACGGACUCUUGGACAUUUUUCUGGAGUGAUGCUGGAGAGAGCGAAGGCGAAGGUGCGGGAUGCAUCAAGAACCCCGAUGACGGGGUGUGCGGAUGUGAGAACUCAGAUGGAACUUUUGUUCCUGGUGGAUCGGACUGCGUGUAG